UGGAUGGGAGCUGAUGGAGGUGUCGCCUGAACCACUGCCCCACAUCUACAAGGUGCUGGGGACCGUGAUCAUCCAAGACACAACCAUCUCCUUCCUUGGCUGUGCUACCCAGAUGUACUUCUUCUUCUUUGGAGCUGCUGAGUGCUGCCUCCUGGCCACAAUGACAUAUGACCACUAUGUAGCCAUCUGUGACCCUUUGCGCUACCCAGUCAUCAUGGGUCACAGGGCCUGUGCCCAGCUGGCAGCUGCCUCCUAGUUCUCAGGAUUUCCAUUGGCUACUGUGCAAACCACAUGGAUUUUUAGCUUCCUUUUUUCUGGCCCCAACAAGGUGAACCAUUUUUUCUGUGACAACCUCCCUGUCAUUGCACUGGGCUGUGCUAAUACCUCUCUGUUUGAACCGGAGGGUCUGACAGCCACUGUCCUAUUCAUCUUCUUCCCUUUCUUGUUGAUCCUGGGGUCCUGUGUCUGCAUCCUCUCCACUAUCUUCAGGAUGCCCUCAGCCAAGGGGAAGUGCAAAGGCUUCUCCACAUGUUCCUCCCACUUCCUGGUUGUCUCCCUCUUCUACAGCACUGCCAUCCUCACAUACUUCAGACUCCAGUCCAGCACCUCUCCUGUGAGCAAGAAGCUGCUGUCACUGUCCUACAGGGUGGUGACUCCCAUGUUGAACCCCAUCAUCUACAGCUUAAGAAAUAGUGAAGUAAAGACUGCACUGAGGUGGACCAUCCACAGGACCCAGGACCCUCAGAAACUAUGACCGACUUAGAUGGAAACUGAGGGGGUAGAAUGCAAGGACAAA